AAAACUUUUAUCUUGACGGGUUUUCAAUUGAACGGGUCGAUUGCGUCAUUUAAGACAGAGUUUUUGAUCGAGAUGUUACAUUGCUGAAACUUAGCAAAGACAGUAGUAGUAAAGUAUCCGUGAAACAAAAUACUAUUAUGUAUGUAUAAGUUUUAUAUAUAUAUAUAUACGCAGUGGUUAUAAAUUUAUAAAUAAUUCUGUACAUUUGUUAAAUACAUUUUGCGUACCUCUAAAAAUUUCCUUCACACCAACUUAAACUAAAGGCGCCUUUCCAUGCGUCAAAAUAGAUCGUGUAAUCCAAUAUUGGCGCUAGAUCACGCGCUGAGAAUAAGAAAAAAAAAAAAUAAAAAUAAAAAAACGAAAAGAAUAACGUGUCGCAAUUUUGAACAUCGAAAGGCGCUAGAAGUUGAUCCAACUUAGUUCCUUCUUUGACGUUGGCGUCACGUGACGCUCAGCGCUGUUUUCCGACGUCUCAUGAAUUCGAUACCCUAAUAGACGAUUUCCAUAAAUACACAACAAACCUCGCGCGAAGAAUUGUCGAAGGUGUCAGGUACUCUCUCAGGUGUUAGAUAAAUAAAAACACGCGUAUAUGUUGUUGACACGCGGACAAUAUUGUGAUUUUUUUUUUCGCUUCCGCGUAUGAGUGUCGAUCGAACUCGUCCUUUACGUGCUUCAAAUUUUCGUCGAACUGUUGCAACGGGAGUGCGCAAAACUUGAUGCUUAACGACCACAGGUGUCCCGCUGAAGGAUGAACAGACUCGUGCAGGAUCUCGAGGACCAAGUGCCGAGCGAUACCCCAUUGCGCGGGUAUCAACCGCGAUUUCGCAGAAACGAGGUGCUCGACAGUGACACGAACUCGGCAAUUUCACGGAAAUGGUUUUUUCGAUCCGAUCGGCAAGAGGUCAGCGAUAAUAGCACGGAGCAAUGUGCAAACGUCAAAUUGCGUUUACUGCAAAAGCACUUUGUGCAAAAGCAAAUCUAUCAAGGGGACAGAUUCAUACCGCAGCGAUAUGGAUACAAUUACGAAAUGUCUCACCACUUGCUCAAGAAAGAAAAAUCCAGUAACACGGAGAAGUACGUGAUAGAUAUUCUCAAGCAGAUAGAUUUGCUGGACAUUACGAACCAACGUGAAACAAUGCGAGCAAUGAUGUUAGAGCACAGCUUCAUAUCGGGUCUCAAUCAAAAGAGGAUUCUCAGUUUCUCAAGUGUUACUUCAACGGAACAAUUGCUGAAUUCGAAUUUCUCCGAAACCAACGGAAGUUGGAAGUGCAUACCGCGUAAAAAAUGUUUGAUAAAAAGCCCGGAACAAAUAUUGUACAUAUCCAACGAGGAAACGAGUGAGGAAAAUCUGAUCGAUUGGAACUGCAACGACAUGAUCAUUAUUAUCCACCAAAAACGUGUGAAAAUAUACAGUAAUAAUGGCUCAAUGGUGAACGUUUUGGACGGAGAUUAUGGCAAAUGGAGCAACGACGGUAGAAAAUUGGCAAUUUUCGAAUAUGAUUCGUAUAAUUUGUCGAGAUUCAUGAUAUACGAUGUGGAGAAGAAAAAGUCAUUAUGGAAACUUUUGUUUUAUAACAGUACGAGGCCUGAAGAGAAUCCUUGCAUCUGCUGGUCUCUUCACGACCGUCACAUCGUCGUCGCUUACGAGAACUUGAUAGUAUACGAAUCCAGUACGGGUAGGAAGCUUCGCUAUAUUUCCGCUUGUGCAGAUGAUAUCUUGACCCUGAGUUUUUCGCCAAAUUUCAAAUAUCUCAUGUCAACUUCGAGGAACGGAAGCGUUCAAGUGUACUUCUGGCCGGAACUAACCAUUCAUUUGAUUAUUUCGUGUCAUCACUCCGUACAGGCGGUCGCUUGGCAUCCGCAAGUGUCCGAUCUGGUUUGUUUAGGGAAAUCGAACGGGGUAUUGACAUUGUGGGACGUCAAUACGAGAACCAUGACGGGAUCCGCGCGCCCUAAAUUAAAUGGUUGCGUGGAAAAUCUCGCUUGGAACAAACUGAGCGGGGAGUUGCUCGUCCAUUGGACUUACAGAGAGAGAGACAAACGAUACACCAUCGUUACGGUGCUCGCGAGUUUCGAUCGGGCCGUCGAUGUGAUGCCGAUAGACCGCGAAACGAAAAUCUCCUUUUUGAAAUUUAACUCCACGCACAAAGAAAUAAUAACGUAUUCCGACGAUUUCUUUUCGAUAUGGAAUUUUUUCGGCAAUGAAAAACCGCCUCAGAGCCGAUAUUCAUCUUUCAACGGCUCGAAACGGCGCAGACAAGGAGUUAUUAUUCACAAUCAAAUCAGGUAAUUUAUACGUGGCAUGCAAGCAAGUGUUAUCGACUUAUCUUGCGUAAGGUCGAUAUGAAAGGUUUUACAACAAGCAGCUCGAAACAUUACCAACUUUUCUUGUUAUCAUUACGCUUGAUAGCGUACGACAAUGUGAAUCACCCUUGGGUUUUGGCACAGAGCGUUUUUUGAGCUGUCACAUCGAACAAACUUGUACAUACUCGUGUAUAUACAGAACAUACAUAUCUCAAGUGAGUAGAAUGUUCUUUGAUAAACUUCUUGGUUAAUUUACUCGAUAAUACCUGCGAAGUUUGUUUAAACUCUGGAAGCUGAAAGUAAUAAAGUACAGUAUAAUAAAGCUAAUUUCUCUGAAGAGAGAUUAGAUCCGUACUAUAGGA